UGUAUGCUUACUGUAUUGCACACACAUAAAGCUGAAAGAUUUCCUUCAAGGCCAAACACAGGACAGGGCACGACACCAGUGAGCGAGUUUUGAUUUGUGGGUUAAUGUAUUUAAUGUUGUUUGCAGUAUUAUCCUCUGUCACUUUGCCGACAUGAAUUCUAGUAUAUUUCAAAAUGGCUGCCACACUGGAAGCGCUGUACUCUGUGGCUGUUAUAUUCUGCAUGACGAUAGUGAUCUCCGGCCUGCAAUGUCGUCAAAACGCGACGACCACCAUCGAGUGUAACACUGGCUGUUGUGGCGAUCCGCCGGCUCAGCACUGCUGUGUUGAUCGCAUAAAAGAGACUAUGAUUGCUAUAGCUGUAUUCAUCGCGUCUAUUGUUGGUCUGGCGGUGAUUGGUACCGUUAUCUGUGUGUGCAUGUGGCGAUUCUUUAACAAGAAGGACCGGCGGAAGCUUGAAAAUGACCAUGGGAAAACGUGCAACAUUGUUACAAUGUUCGCAGGUGAGAUACAAGAAAUAACUCCUCUCAUUAAAUUUGAUCCACUGAGUCCAAGGAUGAGCCAAUGGCCUUACACUAUACACCACCUGCCAAUACCACAUGACCCGAUAGGCCACCCAAAGAACGGUGACGUCAUAAACGGAAAUGCACCCAAUAUCCCAACGAAAAAUGAAGGCUCUCUUGGAUAUAUUACGAAUAGGGAUUUUACAUCGUCUCCAAAGGAUUCGGUCCACACAAGUGAUCGCGUUACCACGCCUACAUGGGCGGUGACAGUUUCACCAUCAAAAGGUUCCACUGGUUAUAAGAAUUCUUUACGAGAAAGUAAGCAGUCGGAAUAUGAUGGUGUAAAACGCCACGCUGCGCCACGAUCAAAUAAGGUUUUCUACACGCCUGAUAAUAAUAAAGAGGCCAAACGUGCUUGGACUUCGCCAGAUUUAAGCAGCAGAAGUCAACUCUCAACUAAGAAAAACAAGAAACAUGGACGGAAGGUUAAAUUUGACGAUCGUAUGCUGAAGACAAAUUAGAGAUGUGUGCAGUGUGCCGAGACCCCCCCCCCCCCCCCCCCCCCCCCCCCCCCCCCCCCCCGAUUAUGAACAUUUGGUAUGUAAUGCUUUAAUAUAAUAUCCUGUUUGUGAUCAAUGAAUGAAUUUGAACAUAUUAAAUUACGUUAUCACACAUCAUGUCAGUUUGAGACGUCAUGGACGAAUGUUGUUUUCUAAACCCGUGAUACUGCAAUAAAACAAAUUAAAGGCGUGUUACUUAAAGAGACAUUCCUGAGUUUGCUGCAUUGUAAGAUGUUUCCGAAAAAUAAAAUAUUUCUACAA